GCAACUAUGUGACACCGUUCUGUGAAGUAUCAGAGUCCAAUCUCUCUCUUAGAUCCUUGAGCACAUCGGUGUUUUCAGAUUUGAGUGUGGUCCCAGGGGUGUUGAAGACGCAGGGGAAUCUGUCGGGAUCACCUCUCUGUUGUCUUUUACGCACGAGUGUCCAUGCGCCUCUCCACAUACCUGAUGCUGCAGCACCGAGAAAACACGCGCAAAUUUACACUUGAGAAUUUCACCGUGUGUCCGAACCUCACGCGCGACCCAAACAUGGGCAGAAUUGCGAACCAAACCACGGCAAGCAACGACACCGACCCGUUCGGCCGGAACGAAGAAGUGGCCAAAAUGGAGAUCACGGUUUUGAGCGUCACUUUCUUUGUGGCCGUAAUCGGCAACCUGAGCGUGCUGCUGGCCAUGCAUAACACCAAGAAGAAGAGUUCGCGCAUGCACCUGUUCAUUAAGCACCUGAGCCUCGCGGACCUAGUGGUGGCUUUCUUUCAGGUCCUCCCCCAGCUCUGCUGGGAGAUCACCUUCAGGUUUUACGGUCCUGACUUCCUUUGCCGUAUUGUUAAGCAUCUCCAAGUCCUGGGGAUGUUCGCAUCCACCUAUAUGAUGGUGAUGAUGACAGUAGAUCGCUACAUCGCCAUAUGCCACCCGCUGAAGACCCUACAGCAGCCCACGCAGCGCGCAUACAUCAUGAUCGGGUCCACUUGGCUGUGUAGCCUGUUGCUCAGCACCCCUCAAUACUUCAUCUUCUCCCUAAGCGAGAUCCAGAACGGCUCGGAUGUGUAUGACUGCUGGGGACACUUCAUCGAGCCGUGGGGCAUACGCGCCUACAUCACCUGGAUCACAGUGGGCAUCUUUCUCAUCCCGGUCAUCAUCCUAAUGAUCUGCUACGGCUUCAUAUGCCACAGUAUCUGGAAGAACAUCAAGUGCAAGAUUAUGAGAGGCACGCGCAACACUAAAAACGGGAUGAUCGGAAAGGUGUCUGUCAGUAGCGUCACCAUCAUAUCAAGAGCCAAACUAAGAACGGUGAAAAUGACGUUAGUGAUUGUUUUGGCUUACAUCGUGUGCUGGGCGCCGUUCUUCAUCGUGCAAAUGUGGUCAGUCUGGGACGAGAACUUCUCCUGGGUCGAUUCUGAAAAUGCAGCUGUGACCCUCUCUGCCCUGCUGGCGAGUCUCAACAGUUGCUGUAACCCGUGGAUCUAUAUGCUCUUUAGUGGCCACCUCCUCUACGACUUCCUACGCUGUUUCCCUUGUUGCAACAAACCAAGAAACAUGUUACGGAAAGAGGACUCAGACAGCAGCAUUAGGAGGAACACCCUUCUGACCAAGCUGGCCACUGACCGGAUAACUAAAGAUGGCUUUGACUCUUGGAGGGACCCGUGCAACUCCCGAAAGUCCAGUCAGUCUACAGGGCAAGAUUGUUUCUGCAAACCAAGUUAGUGUUUGCAACAUGACUACUCUCGCAAAUCCAGUCAGUGUAUUCCCCUCGACUGCUCCCGCAAAUCAAGUCAAUGCAUGCCUAAGGAGUCUUAGGAGCAAGGCAGGGUGAGACUAAAUAAAGAGACAUUCAUAUAAACCAUAAGGUUGUAUGUUGUAAUAUUGCUGUAUAGGUUUUAUUUACAACAGAGACAAGUAUGGCUAUGUGUACAGCACAGCACUGUUGAGUUCUGUUAAGUCUGCCAAUUUUCUGUUUUAAUAUAAGGUCAUUACUAAAGAAAUAUUGGGCAAACAUGGUCAGUGGACUAGAAUAUGUUUCAUGAUCUACACUGAAUGAAAGCUGCACCCUAUAAUUUCCUAUGAACUUACAUACAGUGUGUGUGUGUGUAUAUAUAUAUAUAUAUAUAUAUAUAUAUAUAUAUAUAUAUAUAUAUAUAUAUA